UCCCUCUAGGGAAUAGGCGGGCUCUCCCGUGGCGUAGUUCCUCCGCAGUCAGUGGGAGUGUCGGCGAAGAGCGACGACUUUUGCCCCGCCCCUAGCCCUGGCUCCUGGGUUCUGGUAUCCUGGUCCCCUGAGAGGUGAGUCCGCUGCAGGUGGGCGCAGGGUGUGGGGCAGUCGGCGACUCUGUCUUACCAGGGGCCAGCCCGGGCUUGCACUCGGCCAGGAAGUUGAGCCAAGUGCGGAGUUUUGCCAAGCCUGGGGCCCGAGACUGGCACUCUACGAGGCUGGAGCAGCUGGGCCUUCGGAUCCUCUGGAACGAACUGCCACUGUGCCUCCAACCAUCCUACUCGGUCACCAGAGGCUUUCGCUAACUCCCAACCCCCGGAAUGUGCCGCGGCCUGCCUGAGAUCAUCCUGUAGGCGAGAUGCCGGAGGUCUGCCUAACCAGAAUGCCGAACUGUUGGUGCAGGCUACCUGGCUGACAGCUUGAACUUUUCAUAGGGAUUCCUGUCAGCCCCUUAGAUCAUAUUGCUCAUCCUGCCCCCCACCCCCGAGACUCCGUGUGCUUAUUGCCGAAAUAAAAGCAGUAUUUUCCCCAGUUUCCUUUUAGGACGUUAUGACUUCCCCUUCACAAGACAGUUCUAGAAACUGACGGAAAGAUAGAUUCUUUCCACUGCUGGGGACUGUGUCGUCUUCAAGAGUUUGGGGUCAAGGCCAACGAAUGAGAAGGCCCUGUCCUUUUGGGUAGGAAUUUUAUAUUGGGGUAACUUAAUUAGACCCGAUCUGCAUUCUCUCCUCAACAUCCUCAGAAGAACUUCAUUUCUAGCAUCUUUCCAGCAUUUGGAAAGACUUUUCCAAAGCCAUGAUCCUUUAGGCUUGAGCUGUUUACAAAGAGAAAGAGGCUGUCUCCUGAGCCCCAAAAUGGCGGCUAAGAUGGAGAUAACUUUGAGCUCUCAGUCCCACAUUCAGGCUUCCUUUUCAAAGCAAGAGAGACACAUCAUAACAAAGCUAGAAGAAAAGCGGGGGGCACCUCCGGAAAAAGACUGCCCGGAUCCUGAGGUGUCCCGUCAGAACUUUAGACGGUUUUGUUAUCAAGAGGUGUCUGGACCCCAAGAGGCACUCUCCCGUCUCCGACAGCUCUGCUGGCAGUGGCUGCAGCCCGAGGUGCACACCAAGGAGCAGAUUUUGGAGCUAUUGGUGCUGGAACAGUUUCUGAACAUCCUGCCCCCAGAGAUCCAGGCUCGGGUCAGGCAUCGAUGUCCAAUGAACAGCAAGGAGAUGGUGACUCUGGUGGAAGAUUUUCACAGAGCAGCCAAGAGACCAAAGCAGUGGGUGGCUGUUUGCAUGCAGGGGCAGAAGGUGCUCUUGGAGAAAACUGGAUCUCAGCUUGGAGAACAGGAACUGCCAGACUUUCAAUUGCAAACUCCUAGGAGAUAUCCUAGGGAAACUUGUCUGGAGGAGCCUUCCCAGGCAGGACCUCAGGACGAGCUUAGCCCCCAUCAUUGGGAAAAAUCCCCAUUCCUUCUGGAACCACCCACCAAAUUGGCUGGGACAGAGGCCCCCAGAAUGAAAAGUGAGAACAAGGAGAAUCCACAACAGGAGGGAGUUAAAGGAGCAAAACCAUGUGCAGUGUCACCAAGCAGAUCCAAAGGGAAUGGUUUGCAGAGUCCUGAACCAAGAGGGGCAAAUAUGAAUGAAUCCCGGUUGUCACGGAGGCAAGUCAGUCCCCCAAAUGCUCAAAAGCCAUUCACUCACUUCCAGAGACAUUGCAGAGAACUGGAAUAUAUCAGCAACCUAAAAAGCCAUCCACUGAGAGAGCUAAAGAAAAGCAAAGGAGGUAAAAGAAGCCUGAGCAAUCGUUUACAACAUCUUAGUCACCAGCCGACCCAUUCAGUGAAGAAACCUUAUAAAUGCGAUGACUGUGGGAAAAGCUUCACAUGGAAUUCAGAGCUGAAAAGACACAAGCGAGUUCACACAGGGGAGAGACCCUACACAUGCGGAGAGUGUGGGAACUGCUUCGGGCGGCAAUCAACUCUGAAACUGCACCAGCGGAUCCACACUGGAGAGAAGCCAUACCAGUGCAGCCAGUGUGGGAAAAGCUUUCGCCAGAGCUCAAACCUUCACCAGCAUCACAGACUUCACCAUGGGGACUGAAAGCAGGGUUUUGGUCUUUCUUUUCAGAAGGAAGGUAUUUGUGUUUCUCCUUCACCUUACUUGCAUUUAUGGUAAAUCACCAUCUGUGUGACUUAUAAGGAAAGCAAGAGGUCCCUGAGGAAUGAUGGUGUACAUUUUGCAGAAUUCCAGAAGAAGCUGUGGGGACAUGACCAUACACAGUUGAAGGUGAAGAAAUGGCAGGUCUGAGUAUUGGUUGAAAGGGAACUGGGGUUUCUGCUGGAGAGCAGGGUGUAACUACUAAGGGAGAAUCAGGAUGAUCCUGCAGGUGCCCCCACCCCAUGUUCAAUCUUUCCCGAACUGCUUUAUUUAUCCUCAAAGGUAUAUUCUAUAUAUAGUUAUAUAUUUACUGUCAUACCCGACAAUCUUUAUCAUGCAUAUGCUUUGUAAUAAAGAUGGGUGAGCCACAAGAAUGUCAAAGCAUAAGUUCAUUGGCAUAUAAAUCCCCUACUAUUUUUUCUGUAAUUUCUAGCUAUUCAUAACAAAGGAUGCGUGAAGGGAGAGCAUGAACAUGUUUGCUAAUAGAGGGUUUCCAGAUAAUUAUACAGUGCUUUUACCAAAAUAAAUAAACACACACGCAUAUUGAGGGAUCUCUUUAUACCAAAGCACCCUUGUUUUAGGAAAAGAAGAUCUACACAGUUGCUGCUGCCACCCUGCCCAAGCAAUAGGGAAAAGCUACAACAAGAAGCAAGUAGUGGAGGUAGACUGCUAAGGAGAGUCAAAGGGAAUCCUUACUAUCCUCCUUUCUUACUUAAGCCAGUAGCUUUAAGAAUAACAAAAUGGGAUGAUGAAAAUGUUCUAAAACUGGGUUAUUUCAGUACAUUUACUAAAAAUCAUUACAAUGAGUUAAUUGUAUGAUACAUAACUUAUGCCAAAAUGAAGUUUCUAGAAAUGACAAAAUAUAUAAAAUGUUAAAGUCCUAGAACUAGGCCUGAGAGAUCAUCUAAUCCCAUCCCUUAACUGUCAAAGUGGAAACUAAAAUCCAGUCAGUGUACAAUCUUUAGUCACCCUGGGCAAGCCAGCUGACCUCUCAGUUUAGAGAAAACUUUUGGUAGAUGGGUGCACACUACCUCAAGCAGAAAAUGGGUAGAUAGCAUUGCUCCCAAAGCAUCAAUAUUCUAAAGUCACUGCCAGUCACCGCAGGGCUGUGGCUUGUGCUGUUGUUACCCACCCCCCUCCCAAGAAUAUUGCGAUCCUCCUUACAGCACAGGGUCUGGUGCACACACCUGUGCCCCUGCCUUCCAAGUCUUUGCCCUUAGGACCUGCCACUCCCCAUUCCCUCCUCUCUCUCUCUCAUCUCACAAGUUACCAGCUCUGCAAAGUCUUCUCGGACAACUUCUAGGCAUACUUAAACCUACACACUGACUAGCACUCAUUCCCAAAAGGCGAUGCUGCCUCACCUGACCUAGCCCAGGUUUCCUUUGGCAGAUAAGGUGAUGAGUGCCCGUGAGUGUCAAGACCUGGAGGAAGUCUCCUAAGUGUCCAGCAACAUUUGUAAUCUACUCAGUUUUUCAGAUGUAGGUUCCCCAUCUCCCUCACUCAUGUGUGGUUCCAGUAGAGGGUCUCAGCACAAAACACUGACUGACCUGCUGGCCUGCAGUCAGCUACCCAUGUAAGAAAAUAAUCUUUCUCCUCUUGUGCACAGCCCUCUCCCAUGGAGCAGCCUGAAAGUUUUACUAUCUUUUCUGGGUUUGCCCUGUACUUACCCAUGCUGGGGUGGGAUGACUCCUAUUCAGGUAAUUUGGUCCUGUUACCUUCAGAGAGACAGGAAAUGGGGGAGCACACAUGCACAGGUGAGGAAGGAGAGUCUGGACCUGGCAGAGCUCUCUGAAAAGCAUUUUCCAUCUACGGCAGACAAGGACUUGUAAAACCUGUCCUAGGAUACCAUUGUCACUCCCAACAAAAUGAACAAUAACUCCCUAAUACCAUCCAAUAGACAGUGUUGAAAUUUCUCCCAUGUUUCUAAAACUGAAGUGCUGUUUAUUAUAGCUUUGUUAAGGUGUAAUUCACAUACCAUAAAAUUCAAUAAUUUAAUAUUUAUGUACAUUCACUGAGUUGCACAAACGUCACCACAAUCUAAUUUCAGAAUAUGUUCAAUAG